AUGGCCAGCAAGACCUCCUCGUCGGCGAAGAGAGCCGGCAGAGCGCCCCCGGUGUUGGAGAAGAAACGUCGCCCAUCCCCAGAGGUGCUUGACCCACGGAAGGAUAUCUCGAAGAAGAAAGAAGGAGGCACCAGCAGCUCUGCUACUGCGGUGCUAGAGCGUCCUCCUCCCACGUCUUUUGUCAUUUUUAUGCUUGAUUUCAUGAAGAGCAAGGAAUGCGAAUCUGUCGUCAUAAAAGCUGCAGAGGAUAAGUGGAACUCGAUGUCUGAAGCUGAAAAGGGUCCGUAUGAAAGAAAAGCCUUGGAGACGUGUGCAGCCCUUGACAAAGCUGUGGAAUCCUAUGAAACGAUGAUGAAUGCCCGGAAAGCGACACCGGCAGCUGCUGCUCCUCCUAGGGAAGAAAAACUCUCAGAAGCAGCUACAACUGGUGGCCCAGUGGAGCAAUGAACGAACUUCUCAGGAGUUCUUUCUUUGCUUUGCACAUUUUGUUCAUAUACAGGUUCUUGAUUUUGGGCAAACCUUAGUGUUCCUGUUAGUUUGGUAUUAUUGCGUCUGAGCUGGGCAUAUGAUAUGCCUGCGUUCUUAGUAUCCUCCUAUAGAUUCUUGGCCGGAAAACCUGCAUUAUUUUUUGUUGUCCAAAGGGCCAGGAUUCAGAGCACAUCCGCUUAUGUCAUAUUUGUCGAUGUGGCUUGAACUGUGACAGCUAGUAGACUUGCGAGCAUUGAUGUUUUGCUGAAUGACAGUGGGAUUACCUGGUAGAGGCUGUAAGGAAGCAACAAACACA